AUGGCGAAUGCUCGAGUACUGAGGGCCCGGUUCCGCAGCGCUUACAGUUGGGAUCCGUACCCGGCCGGCCAUCUUGAGGCCGUAAGCGAUGUCCGGCCGAACGUUGAGCUGCACUCUUUUGUUGGUCUUUGGAUCCGCGUAGAAGGCCCCGUUGGCCUCGGCUUGAUGACUUCCACGAUGGUCAUUCUCGGGUAG